AUAUCACGAAAAAUCGAUAAAUUGACAAAAUUUCUAAUAAAUUACCGAAAUAUCAGUACAUGGGUAUUUCUCUCCUAUAUCUCGAUAUUUAUAUCCUCCAAAUAUCGUGAUAUUUUAAUAAGUGAUUGUCACUUACAAGUUACAACACACAGCCAUCAUUACAAGUUUAACUUUUUUAAUACUUCGAUGAGAACUGGCGUCACCCUUUCGAUGGCAUUUCCGUAAUUCAACAAAAAAAACAUAAUGUGGAGAGAUUCGGGGAAAAAUCAGUGGAAACAGUCUACAACACUCUCAAGUAAAACCAAAGCUGCCAUCGCUCUCUCUCUCUCUCUCAAACCAGACAGCAAAAAGAAAAAUAAUAAAAGAAAAAUGACAGCUGCUAUGAUACGAGCUCCAACAUUCCUCCUCCUCCUCCUCCAGCUGUUAUUCACGACAGUGGCCGCCCACUUCUCUUCCUCAUCAUCAUCAUCCUCCUCCUCCUCUUCAUCGGCCACACUCUCAGAGUGGAGAUCUGGGCGAGCAACUUACUACGCGGCGGCGGACCCAAGAGACGCGGUGGGGGGCGCGUGCGGGUACGGAGACUUGGUCAAGAGUGGAUAUGGAAUGGCGACGGUGGGACUGAGCGAGGCGCUGUUCGAGAGGGGCCAGAUCUGCGGGGGAUGCUUCGAGCUGAGGUGCGUGGACGACCUCCGCUGGUGCAUUCCGGGGACGUCCAUCAUCGUCACGGCCACCAACUUCUGCGCCCCUAACUAUGGGUUCCCGGCGGACGGCGGGGGGCACUGCAACCCUCCCAACAACCACUUUGUUCUCCCCAUUGAGGCCUUUGAGAAGAUCGCUAUUUGGAAGGCUGCCAACAUGCCUGUCCACUAUCGGAGGAUCAAAUGCAGAAAAGAAGGCGGUGUUCGAUUUUCACUUGAUGGAUCAGGUAUAUUCUUAUCAGUGCUGAUCAGCAAUGUGGGUGGCGCUGGAGACAUAGUGGGAGUGAAGGUAAAGGGUUCAAGAACAGGAUGGCUUCCAAUGGGCAGGAAUUGGGGUCAGAACUGGCAUCUCAAUGCUGAUUUAAAGAAUCAGCCUCUUUCCUUUGAGAUCACUGCUAGCGAUGGAAUCACCCUCACAUCUUACAAUGUUGCUCCCAAGGGUUGGAAUUUUGGACAGACUUUUGAAGGCAAGCAAUUUGAAUCUUAAAUUACAUAUCCAAGAUGAAAAAUCAUAUACAUCAAACUUUUCUUUUGCUUUUCCCACUGGGUUGGAGGGGUGUAUGGAAUGGGUGGCUUUUUAUUUGAAGGGAAAAGGUACAUGUUAUUAAUGGAAUGAUUUGAGACUUUAUAUGAAAGCCUACUUGAUGGUUUCAUAAUUAAACAGCAAAUCAAAUUGGUCCAAGAAAA